UCCAGGAGGAGAAUCACUUAAAAAGCUGCCUAAAAUGUACCUGCUGUGUUGAAAAUGAACGGAAGGUAGAGUUAGACAGAAUAAUAGACGUGAAAUUAGACAGAUAAUACAGGUUAGAGGGUAAUUAAAUUGUGUAUACUACAAAUUAUAUAAUCCCUUCGUUACACAAAGCAGGGAGUAGCAGGCUGAGCUCAUUGUAACGCGUUACAAGUACCCCGUUACCUUCCAGCCCUGCCCCUACUAUCUCUCCGUCUGCCGCUUUGUCUACGCAUCCAUGUGGGUUUUUCCCUUCGCAGUGUCUGUGUUGCGCCUCUCCGGUCCGUCAGCCUCUCAGCCAUUGGCCUCAGAGACCAUCAGUCUUCUCUUCACAACAAUAGACCCCCAACGCGCACACACGCACAGCCACUCACGCACAGACACAAACGCGCACAGCGCUUUCGAGGAGCGACGGUGAGAUGUUGGUUAAACUGCGGUUUACCGACUCCUUUCUUUCCAGCUUCACAUCGGCAAGGAGCGCAGGGAAGCCUCUGCGAUGCGCUCAACCGGGGACGCAUCGGAGUUGAAAUAAGGGAAACACGGGGGGUCGGGGGUAAAAAAGAAAAAAAAAAAAAGCAGAAGGGGGAGAUUUUCUUACGAGGAUGACUGACUGGUGACAAAGAAAACGGGGAGCCCCUCUGGCUUCGGUUGUCGCCUGCUAGAACUUGACGGAAGGCGUUUUGGGGGACUGGCUUGCUCUUACUUGGACAGCCAAAGAUUUUUUAUCAUCAUUAUUUUUGGAGGAGAAUCAUGCCUGUCCGGAGGGGUCAUGUUGCGCCACAAAACACAUUUUUGGGAGUAAUUAUUCGGAAAUUCGAAGGACAAAAUAAGAAAUUCAUCAUAGCCAAUGCCCGGGUGCAGAACUGCGCUAUUAUCUACUGUAAUGACGGCUUCUGCGAGAUGACGGGCUUCUCCAGGCCGGAUGUCAUGCAGAAGCCGUGCACUUGUGACUUCCUGCACGGCCAGUUCACCAGUCGGCACGCUGUGGCCCAGGUGGCCCAGGCGCUGCUGGGCUCAGAGGAGCGCAAGGUGGAGAUCACCUACCACCGCAAGGAUGGUUCAAACUUCCUCUGCGCAACCCAUAUCAUCCCUGUGAAGAACGAGGAGGGCGUGGUCAUGAUGUUCAUCCUUAACUUUGAUUACAUCCUGGACGAAGGCAGCAGUGACUCACUGGAGAGACUCAACCACACCUCACCAUCCAAAGCUCACCAAUGGAAAGGAAGAUUCUUUCGCUUCCGUUUCCCAGCCUUACCUCUCCUGGGCAUCAGCAAGCAGUCCCUGCCCCAGGAGGACCCCGAUGCCGUCAUGGUCGACUCCCCUCGCCACAGCGACGGCUCUGUGGCCACGCGCGACUACCAACUCCCCACCACCCGCGAGAGCUGCAGUCCCUCCUACGCCAACGACACCCGUGCCCUCAUCGGCCCCAGCCACUGUUCCACCCCUGUGUCUGGGCCUUUGGACCACUCGUCGCCCAAGGGCCCCUGGGACCGGACAUAUCCUGACCAGGCCGUCGCCCAGACCCAACACCAGAGCCAGGAAGACACACUCAUCGCAGCUCCAUCAAUCCCGGGCCUCACUCCAACCGCCUCCAGAGAGAGUGUUUGCAGUAUUCGCAGAGCCUCCUCCGUACAUGACAUCGAAGGAUUUGGGUCCAACUCCAAGAUGGUGUUCAGGGACCGACAUGCCAGUGAAGGGCCACUCAGCCAGAUUAAGUCCAGUCUGCUCGGCUCCACCUCUGACUCCAACCUCAAUAAAUACAGCACCAUCAACAAAAUUCCCCUCAUCACGCUCAACUUCUCUGAAGCCAACAAUGAGAAGAAGUGCCCAUCCCCUCCAUCAUCUGAGAAAACCAUCAUCGCCCCAAAGGUCAAAGACCGCACACACAAUGUGACUGAUAAGGUCACGCAGGUUCUUUCACUGGGCGCAGACGUGCUGCCUGAGUACAAGCUCCAAACGCCACGCAUCGACAAGUGUACCAUCCUUCACUACAGCCCCUUCAAAGCGGUGUGGGACUGGCUGAUCCUGCUGCUGGUCAUCUACACGGCCAUCUUCACGCCCUACUCCGCCGCCUUCCUCCUCAACGACAUCGAGGAGCAGAGGAGGCGGGAGUGCGGCUACUCCUGCUCACCGCUCAACGUAGUGGAUCUGAUAGUGGACAUCAUGUUCAUUGUGGACAUCCUUAUAAACUUCAGGACAACGUACGUCAACACCAACGAGGAAGUGGUCAGCCACCCGGCCAAGAUUGCCAUCCAUUACUUUAAAGGCUGGUUCCUCAUAGACAUGGUGGCCGCCAUCCCAUUUGACCUGCUCAUCUUCGGCUCAGGAUCAGAUGAGACCACCACUCUGAUUGGUCUGCUGAAGACAGCGCGUCUCCUACGGCUGGUACGUGUAGCCCGUAAGCUGGACCGCUACUCAGAGUACGGUGCCGCCGUCCUCAUGCUGCUCAUGUGCAUCUUUGCCCUCAUCGCCCAUUGGUUAGCCUGCAUCUGGUACGCCAUUGGCAAUGUGGAGAAGCCUUACCUGGAGCAUAAGAUUGGCUGGCUGGACAAUUUGGGCGUGUCUAUAGGGAAAAAAUACAACUACAGUGACCCGAGCUCAGGCCCCUCCAUCAAAGAUAAGUACGUCACAGCGCUCUACUUCACCUUCAGCAGUCUAACCAGUGUGGGCUUUGGGAAUGUGUCCCCCAACACCAACUCUGAGAAGAUCUUUUCCAUCUGCGUCAUGCUAAUUGGAUCUCUAAUGUACGCCAGCAUCUUUGGGAACGUGUCAGCCAUCAUCCAGAGGUUGUAUUCAGGUACAGCCAGGUAUCAUCUUCAGAUGCUACGGGUCAAAGAAUUCAUCCGCUUCCACCAGAUCCCAAACCCACUGAGGCAGCGGCUGGAGGAGUACUUCCAACACGCCUGGACGUACACCAACGGCAUCGACAUGAAUAUGGUCCUGAAGGGUUUCCCAGAGUGCCUGCAGGCAGAUAUCUGCCUCCACCUCAACAAGAACCUCCUGCAGGGCUGUAAGGCGUUUCGUGGAGCCACCAAGGGCUGCCUCCGGGCCCUGGCCAUGAGGUUCAAGACCACUCACGCGCCCCCUGGAGACACCCUUGUCCACGGCGGAGAUGUACUCACUGCGCUCUACUUUGUCUCGCGUGGCUCCAUUGAAAUCCUCAAAGACGAUGUUGUGGUAGCCAUCCUGGGCAAGAACGACAUCUUCGGCGAGAUGAUCCACCUGUACACCAAGCCGGGGAAAUCCUGCGCCGAUGUGCGGGCGCUGAGCUACUGCGACCUCCACACCAUCCAGAGGGAGGAGAUUCUAGAGGUGCUGGAUAUGUAUCCAGAGUUCGCUGACCAUUUCCUCACUAACCUGGAGCUGACCUUUGACCUCCGUGAUGAAAACGCCAAGACGACGCAUCCACAAGCGACCGAUUCUAACAUGGAGGACGUCAAUUGUGGAAGACGGGUGUCUUACAAAAGGAAAUCCUCCACAGGUUCCCACAACAAGGAGCCAGUGGCCACAUACUGCAACACCAAGCAGAGGAGGCAGAUCUACGCCUCCACAGCAGCCGAGGAGAAGAGAGAGUCGGCCGACGAGGGAGAGGAGGAGGAGGAGGAGGAGGAGGAAGGCAGGGAGGAGGAAGAGGAGCAGAGGCCGCUUUGUUCCGGCGUGCUGGGCUACCCGGUGGUUAGGGACCACGCCCUGGGCCUGGGGCUCAGCAGCGCACCUGACGCACAGGCUGGAGACACAAACACGCAGAGCCACACAUAUAAAGCAGAGCUCCACGCAGACGAGUGGGUGCGUCAGCGUCCCGGCGAGGGCGCGGAAGAGUCAGCUCAGUGUCGAGAGACGCCAGCUGGGGAGGACGACAGCGACACAGACCUCACCUACGGAGAGGUGGAGCAACGGCUGGACCUGCUGCAGCAGCACCUCAACAGACUGGAGUCCCAGAUGACAGCAGAUAUUCAGGCCAUCCUGCAGCUCCUCCAGAGGCAAACCGCCGCCGGUCCCCCCGCCUACAGUACUGUCAGCUCCAGCCCCGAGUACCACAGGCCAGCCAUCAGAGUGCAGCCGCUGUCUGCCAUCCAGACAGAUCUCAGCCUUGGUCCCGCACCGCCUCGGCCUCAGAGCCCUGGUCCAGAAAAGGCUCCGAACAAAUCCAAAGACACCUCCCCAGUCCUCCUCCGCACAGAGACUCUUCCAGAUGGGAACUUCGCCGGACUGCUCGAGAGCGAAACAGACACAGAGCAGAAACACACACAGAACAACGCGGACUCUGUAGAGCAACAACAACACCACCAACAGCCGCCGAGGUUCCCGUCAGGCCGGCAAGCCUCGCUACCUGAAGUCCCCAGCAGCUCAGGAAUGUUGGGACUCCACAGGCCGGUUUCUGACCCGGGGCUUCCAGGAAAGUAGGCCUCCCCAAAACCCUUCGACGUUGACUGAAGGUCUUCUCUCAAGCUUGACUCAGGGUCUAAGAAAGAGACUGAAUAUGCAAAGGAAAAAAAAAACAAAACUGUAGACUUUCUUCCAUUCCUUUUCGGAAAAUCUCCCAGCCCCAACCCUUCCAACUAUCUGAUUUAGAUGUAUAAAGUCCAUUUAUACAGAGGUAUUUAUACACUAUAUUAUUAACAUAUGUAAAGUCAUCAUCUACUGUGUACAUAUUUCAAAUAGAACACUGCCAGCAACACAAGGCACCUCAUGUGCUUUUUCUAAAAAGAGAUAUGCAUGUAUUAUUUUUUUUUUUCAUGAUUUCUUUUCUGUUGCAUGUUCCUCACACACACACUGCGACUCACCAGGCAAUCAGGUGUGAUCUUGGCAUGCUUACAGACGACUGUAGCUAUCAAGUCUCCUUUUCUAUGACCCUCCCCCUCUUCACAGGGACAAAGCUACUUGAAACUCUUUUCCGAGGCAUUUCUAUAUCUCACUUCUCCACAAGGCUCUGAAGUUCAUCCUUUCCAGCCGCAGCUCCGAAACAAUCGACGCAGUGUGUUUUCUUUUUUUAGCAGCUGUAAACUCACACGGAUACCUGUCUGUAUAUUUAGCGUGCCUACUGUACACCACAUUGCCACAACAAAACCACUUCAACUCAAAAUACAGGACACAGUGUAAUAAUGUGUGUAAGAGGCUGCGUGGACAUCCCAUAGCACAAGACUUUUGACACUCUUUGAGAGCAAUAAUGAUGAACCAGUACAGGAAAUACUGAAUCUUGGUAUAUUUAUAGAGUUUAAUACGCUCUGGAAAUCAUUUUAUACAACCUGAAUGGAAAAAAAAAAAAUAGAUUAACUGUCAACAGCUUUGAGUUUGCAAAUAUCAAACUCAGUGUUGAGAUCUGCUUGUGAAUUUCAACCUUCACAAGCAGAACAUUUCAACACGACAGAUUGUGGUUUAAAAAGGUGGAUUUAGUAGAUUUUAAAAACAUGAAACCACAACCUGCAUCAUAUCAAUAUUACAUAAGCAUGGUUGUGGGGACAGGAAGCAACAUCCUGGAUCCUCUUCAUAUCCGGAGGGAACUCUUUGACUAUCCCAUAUGAUGGUUUUCGGUUCAGUUCCGUUGUGUACGCAUGCUUUUUUCGGUCUUCCAUUAUCUUCUUGAAAAGUACAAUUUCAUAAAUUUAAAAAGCAUCACUAACAAAGCAUCAUCAGAAAAAGUAAAAAAAAGGAAAAAAAAAAAGAAAGCUCAUGUUUUGGGUUGAGGACAGCUCAGCCUUCAAUAGCCUUAGCUUUAUUAGCCUGCUCUAGCCUUUACAAACGACAUGAACCCUGAAGUUCAUCCAACGCUUCUCCACCGUCGCAGAUGUAAAUGUACCGAACCAUUUCAAACUUUUUUAAAGGGGUGAACUGCAUGACGAAAAAAACCAAUUAGUCAUCUUAGUUUUCUAACUACACGAAAUCGGAACACGAGCUCAUGUAUUGCAUGGAGACUGCACUUGACAUAUAUAUAAAAAAAAAAUAAAAUAAAAAAAAAACGUCUCAAUCAACUGUGUGUGACAUGUAUCGACACGCAAGAUCCAGCACAUAACUCAUCCAGAGAUUUAGAAUAACGGUGAUAUUUUUCUAAAACAAAAAAAAUAUUUAAUUUGCCAUUAUUUUUCUAUGUCCUUUAUUUACCUGUGUUUGUAAGAACCCCUGAUGUUAAGAGUGGUGUGUCCUGCUGAUGGGAAGAAUGCAUAGCCUCUCAAUGUAGCAAGCGAGACUUAAGUGACAGGCAACAUUUUAAGCCGGAUGUUGCAUUUACUGUAUGCUGUUUAAAUAGUUUGUCUUGAAUCGAUAUUGCACAUUGAUUUUCAUCUCAUUUCUGCAUAGACUUUUCCCUCCGAUUCCCGAGCUGAGGCAGGCGAGUAAAAACCUAACACUACUGUUGUUUAAAAGUCUUGCUUUUCAUUUCGAUUCCUUCACUGGAAAUCUUCCUAACCCCUGCUGAUGACAUGCAGAAAACUGACGAAAGGGUUUGCAAGACGCGAGCGAAAUGAUGAAAUCUCAUCAGACGUCAAGAUGAAGAAGCUCAUUCGUUUCCUAGACUUGUAGAAGAUCUGAGGAGUCGGGAGAUAACGGGGGGAAAUAUAAGUUAAAUGCAGGAUUAAGAUGAUGAGAAAAAGAGAAAUCUUUACUUUUCCAGGACAAUACAAAUGUUUGCGGGCAGAACGCGGGGUGUUUUCUUUGAUACGCUUUCUUUCUCGAGCACAGAUGUAGAACAAAAGUUGCUAAAGCCUAAAAACAUGUCCGACCGCCUGAAGAGUUGUCUUCUGAACUUUCAUUGGAUUUGCAAACUUUUGCACAGAGAUUAGAAAAACUUGCUGUACUGGAUAUAAAUGUCACUUUUUAAAUCUAGUGCUGUUCACAAUUGUUUUUAUGCAUUUUUUAAAUGUUUGCCACUGUAUUUUAUACAAUGCAACACUUAAACAGCUAAUUUGAAUGUUUCUGUUCUUAACU